GGAACAUUUUGCACAAUCCAAAUUAAAAAUUGCAGCUAAGAAGAGCAGUGGUUUUAGAUUUCCAUGGCGAAUCGAUAGCGUGUUGUCGUUUAAGACGCAAUUUACCCUCGAAAAUGCUUACGACGCAGCCUCUUUCGCCGUUUACUACUCCACUAUUCCACUCAAACCCACCGACUCAAUCAUCCUCUUAUAUCCCUCUCUCCUUUUCUUCUUCUUCUUCUUCUUCUGCUCCAACACGACGUCGUUCGGCAACCACGACCUCCACUCCUUCUAAAACGACUCUCAAGCGCCUCACUUCUCGCGUAGUUGAACUCACUCGCCGAAGACAGCUUCGCCAGAUUCUGGAUGAGAUUGAAGUUGCAAAGAGGGAUUUAGGGAAGCUGAACACGAUAGUGAUGAAUGCCGUGAUUGAAGCUUGUGUUCAUUGUGGCGACAUAGAUUCCGCGCUUAGGAUAUUCGAUGAGAUGAAGAAGCCAAAGGGUUGUGGUGUGGACAAUGUCACCUAUGCUACACUUUUGAAGGGUUUAGGUGAGGCCCGAAAAAUUGAUGAAGCAUUUCAGUUGCUUGAAUCAGUGGAAAAUGGUACUGCCUUGGGAAGUCCAGAGUUGUCAGCUCCAUUGAUUUUGGGUUUGCUAAAUGCCUUAAUUCAAUCAGGAGACUUGCGUCGCGCCAAUGGCCUCCUUGCACGAUAUGGGUUUUUGUUCCGUGAAGGUGGCAGUUUUCCAGUCUCAGUAUAUAACUUACUAAUGAAGGGGUAUAUAAACUCUGGCUGUCCUCACACUGCGCUAAAUAUGCUCAAUGAAAUAGUACAUCAAGGAUUAAGGCCUGACAAGCUCACAUAUAAUACACUAAUUUUAGCAUGUGUCAAGAUUGAAAAGAUGGAUACUGCAAUGCAGUUUUUGGAGGAAAUGAAGGGCAAUUCAGAAAAAUUCAUUCAUGAAGAUCUGUUUCCAGACAUCAUUACAUAUUCAACAUUGCUCAAGGGUUUUGGAGAGGCAAAAGAUCUUGCUUCAGUUCUGAGAAUAGUGCUGGAAAUGAAAUCAUGCCAUGAAUUAAACAUUGACAGAACUGCUUACACUGCAAUAAUUGAUGCUUUACUAAAAUGUGGCUCGGUUAAGGGUGCUUUGUGUAUUUUUGGAGAAAUAUUGAAGAAAGCUGGUAGGAAUGCCAAGUUAAGGCCAAAACCUCAUCUAUACCUCUCCAUGAUGCGGGCUUUUGCUUUACAAGGAGAUUAUGAUCUAGUUAAGAAUUUGCAUAAGCGGAUUUGGCCAGAUUCUGCAGGGAUCAUCUUGCCAGUUGCACAGGAAGAAGCUGAUCACCUUCUCAUGGAAGCAGCACUGAAUGCUGGCCAGGUUGAUAUUGCUGCUAAAAUUCUUUCUGAUAUUGUUUCAAGAUGGAAAGGCAUAUCAUGGACCAGUCGUGGAGGCAUGGUUGCUUCACGCAUUGAGGCUAUCUUGGGAUUUUCCAAAUCUAUAUUUAGUCCUUACUUACUUCCUGAGGUUUCACCCGAUGAACCAGUUCAGAAUUUCAUGGUACCAUUUGAAGCGGCACAGCCACUACAUGGUGCCAUAAAGCUGGAGAAAGUGGCCAUGCGUUUCUUAAAGGAUAAAGUUGUUCCUAUUGUAGACGAGUGGGGGAGCUGUGUAGGGCUGUUGCACCGUGAAGACUGCAAUCAGUUGGAUGCUUCCUUAUCAACAAUGAUGAGAAGCCCUCCACCAUGUGUAACAAAUUUGACAUCUAUUGGUUAUGUAGUUGAUUUAAUUUUAGAGAAACGGUACCCAAUGGUUAUCGUUGUAAAUUACACAAGCUCCUUUGCCACUUCAUACAGCACAAGGGCUCUUGGAGUUUUUACAUUAGAACAAUUGAACAGGGUUAAAAGAACACCUGUAUCUGGAUUAAAAGGGACAGAAAUUCCAGUCCACGCAAGAUGAACCAUACAAAAUUCUCUCCUGUUCCGGAAAUGCCAUGUUUUUGUGAUAUCAUAUAUAAAGAUGAAUUAGUUUCUAACUACAAUA